AAGUCAGAAAUGGCUCGGCUUAAGUUGCGCCGUGAGAAACUGAGUCAAAGUCUGACCGAUACGACCAAUGAUUUGGCCUGUCGCAAAGCCGAGCUCGAGAAGUGGGUAUCGGCAACUGAGGUUGCUAUUUCCGAGGCAAAGAAGACGUUACAAGCCAAACAGGUGCAGUGUGAAGUUCUCGCGAAAGAUAUUGAAGAAUACGAGGUGAGUAGUACUGUUUGUGUGGUCAUUCUCGUUUUGGGCUUUCUACACUUCCUUCGUCUGAUUGCCUACUUAUUUCGUAGUAGUAGACAUGUUUUAUUUAGCUACUUUGGCGUUGGCUGUUUCUCAACACAAGAUACGACACAGCUCAUCCACAUUGACUCCCCACGGCAAUCUUUACUGGCUCGCGACCACUUUUUGUACGCCACUUUGUGUUUAGUUUAG